AUGUUCACCCGGAUGCUGAAACUGAGACUCCUCAAUGCUGUAGCACCUGCUUACUUCUUCAUGGCUACAGCUGUCACCUUCAUUUUACACUUCUGCUUCUUCAUCCCAACAAUCUUCCCAAGCCCUGAGGCAUCACUGGGGGGUUCGACAACUCUUCACACAGUUGUUUUCCUUUUCUUGAUGUUCAACGCACUGGGGAAUUACAUAAUGACUAUCAAAUAUCCUGCUGAAAGUGCCAACGAGACUGUGGUUCCAGUGUGUUCGCCACACUGCUCGGACAAAGUGGACGCACACUACCUCCUCAAUGGUCGCCACUUCUGCAAACUGUGUAAGAAAGUUAUUCUCAAGAGGGAUCAUCACUGCUUCUUCACUGGAAACUGCAUUGGCAACAAAAACAUGCGCUAUUUCAUCAUGUUCUGCAUCUACACAUCAUGCACGUGUUUGUACUCCUUGGUUCUUGGUGUGGCCUUUCUUACAGUGGAGUACUCAAUCUCUUUUGAGAACCCGCUGACCUUUCUGACUCUUCUUCCCCUCUCCACCGGUUACUUCUUCAUGGGAACAAUCUCAGGCUUGCAGCUCUUCCUGGUGCUGAUGCUGUAUGUGUGGCUGGGCAUUGGCCUGGUGUGCGCAGGCUUCUGUUGCCAGCAGGUGCUGCUGGUGGCCCGAGGACAGACCUGGUGUCAGAUGCAGAGGGGGCAGCUUGUGGAGAACCGCAGCCCCUGGAUAACCAACCUCAAGGAUGUUUUUGGGACCCGCUGGUUUCUUGGCCUUAUCCUGCCUGUGCAGACAGUGGAGAUGUGCUCUGAAGACUCAGAUGCACAUAAACAGGACUGA